CUCCCAUCAUCUUCGCAUCCCGUCAGGUCCACAGAUGAACUGAGGAGUCUCUGCGCUCUCACUCUUCUCUCGGAUCAACAUGGACUCACUGAAUUUUCUGCUCUUCCUCGCAGUCAGCGCCUUCACACUGAAAGUUUCUCUUCAGGGGCCAAAUCAGCGCAGACUGUACUCGGACCUGAUGGCCAACUACAACCCACUGGAGAGGCCUGUUUACAAUGACUCCCAGACUCUGACUGUUCAAUUUGGCUUAACCCUGAUGCAGAUCAUGGAUGUGGAUGAGAAAAACCAGGUUUUGACCACCAACAUUUGGCUUCAGCUGUACUGGGAUGAUUGUUACCUCCGGUGGAAUACAUCAGACUAUCCAGGUGUGACCAAUGUGAGAUUUCCUGACCAUCUCAUUUGGAAACCAGACAUUCUGCUGUAUAACAGCGCUGAUGAAAGAUUUGAUGCUACUUUCCACACCAACAUUGUGGUCAACCACUCGGGCACCUGUAGCUACUUACCUCCAGGGAUCUUCAAGAGCACCUGCCACAUCGACGUGCGCUGGUUCCCUUUUGAUGUUCAGAGAUGCGACCUGAAGUUCGGCUCCUGGACAUAUGGGGGCUGGUCUCUGGACCUGAAGAUGUUGGAGACGGAUAUCACCAGCUACAUCGCCAACGGAGAGUGGGAUCUUGUCGAGGUUCCAGGACGUAAGAAUGAUCGUUUCUACGAGUGCUGCGAGGAGCCGUACCCUGACGUCACCUUCACUGUGGUGAUGCGGAGACGGACCCUCUACUACGGCCUCAAUCUGCUCAUCCCAUGUGUCCUGAUCUCCACUUUGGCCCUGCUUGUCUUCCUUCUGCCUGCUGACUCUGGGGAGAAGAUCUCACUGGGCAUUACAGUCCUCCUCUCCCUGACUGUCUUUAUGCUGCUGGUUGCAGAGAUUAUGCCCGCCACAUCGGACUCGGUGCCUUUAAUAGCUGAGUACUUUGCCACCACCAUGGUCAUCGUUGGUCUCUCAGUAAUUGCUACAGUUCUGGUCUUACAAUAUCACCACCACGAUCCAGAUGGAGGAAAGAUGCCGAAGUGGACCCGUGUGAUCCUGCUGAACUGGUGUGCCUGGUUCCUGCGCAUGAAGCGCCCAGGUGAGGAGCGGGUGCGUUCAGCCUGUCACAACAAGGCUCCUCGGAACAGCCUGACCAGCAUGGACCUCAACGCCAGUGCCUCGGCCUCCCAAUCCACCAACGGCAACAUGCUCUACGUUGGCGUCCGUGGCCUGGAGAGUAUCCACUACUCCACAGCUGCCACCUCUCCCGACUCCGGGGUCCUCUGUGGACGGCUGGUUGGACGAGCAGGUGAGGAGGAGAUGCUCCUCCCCACAGUUCAGAGCACCUCAGUUACCAGCGUGGAACCAGAGCUGAUCAAGAUCCUGGAUGAGGUGCGUUAUAUUGCCAAACGCUUCCGUGACCAAGACGAGGACGAGUCAGUGUGCAACGAGUGGAAAUUUGCUGCGUCUGUUAUCGACAGGCUUUGUCUCAUGGCUUUCUCCCUCUUCACUAUCCUCUGCACCAUCGGGAUCCUCAUGUCAGCUCCCAACUUUGUAGAGGCCAUUUCCAAAGACUUUUUCACCUAAGGACUUUAUCAGGAAACAUAAAAUAAAGCCUAUACCAAUCUCUCUUAUCACAGAGUAACCAUUUGCAAGCUCAUGGGGUGGUCAUUUGUAUACAGCUAAGUCUGCUAUAUGGGAAUCGUAUAUCACCAAAUAUUCAACCACACAUUAAACAAAGUCAAACUGAGGACAUGUGCAGUAAUCCAGGCAAAGUUUAUGUAAUGCAUAAAUAAUUUAAAGGUCCAGUGUUUAGGAGUUAAGGACAUCUAUUGGGAGAAAUGGUGUUUCAUAUUCAUAACUCUGUUUUCAUUAGUGUAUAAUCACCUGAAACUAAGAAUCUUUAUAUUUUCAUUACCGUAAAAUCAGACAUUUGUAUCUACAUAUGGAGCGACUCCUCCUCUUUGGAGUCGGCCAUGUUAUUUCUACAGUAGCCCAGGAUGGAUAAAUCAAACACUUACUCUAGAUAGGGCCAUUCGCGCUUUUGCAUCAGCCACCGUACCUCUCCUGCACACUUGGCUCAUGGAAGAAGUUCUCCAACAUCAUCGCUGGAUGCCACUAAAUCCUACCCACUGGACAUUUAAAGGAACAGUGUGAAAGAUUUAAGGGGGAUUUAGUGGCCUCUAGUGGUGAGGAUUACAGAUUGCAGCCAUCUGAAACUUCCCCUGGUAAGAAUUCUUUCCGUGGUUUUUACCGUGAGCCGAAUUAUCCACAGAGGUCUCUUCCUCUCCAAAAAACCCCCCACACCUGGUGAUUUAAACCGGUAAAAACACUUGAUAAAGCAGUUUCACGUUACAAAUCAGUGUUUCUCCGGCACUGUUUAGCAUGUUAGAGACAGGCCGCUAGCCCAGCACCUGCUUAUGUGUGCUCAACUUUUCUCUUUGAUAACUUAAGAUCCAGAUGUUCAGGAGGUUUUUACCAGGAGCCAAAAUUAUCCACAGAAGUCUCCUCCUCUGCAAAACAAACGGACCUGGUAAUGUAAACCGGUAAAAGUACUGAAUGAAGCAGUUUCACACGAAAACACAGUGUUUGUCCGAUGCUGUCUGGCUCAUGGGGGACGGGCUGCUAACUUAGGUGGCCCCACGCAAGCAAAUGGCCUUAUCAAGAGCCAAGGUUUGUCCACUCUGGGCUACUGUAGAAACAUGGCAGUGCAACAUGGUGACCUCCAAAGACAAGGACCUGCUCCCUAUGUAGAUAUAAAGAGCUCAUUCUAAGGUAAGGAAAACACAACAAUUCUUAUUUUCAGGUGAUUAUACACUGAAGAAACAUUCUUAUUAUAUUCUUCAAAUAUAUCCCCCUUAAUCCUACACACUGGACCUUUAAUGUAUACCUUACAUGAUGGUGGUGAUUAUGGCCUGUUUUUGCCUUAUAUAUAUAUAUCCCAGUCUGAUGCUAUAUUAAAGGAAAACAGCUAAAUUUGAUCCUCUAGUACUGUUUUAAAAUGACUGAAAAAUACAAAGCAUUGUUUAAGUGGUGUAAUUUGCAAAACUACAAAGAAUGCGGCUGUGGUUUGUUAUGUGAUGUGUAUUAUUGUUCAGUACAAUGCAUAUACUCUCACUAUUGAAAUGUAUUUGUCGUAUCACAUGACUGGUCGUAUAUCCAAAGCAGUCAUGUGAUGUUGUAAGUUGCCUUUCUAUAAAUGAAAAUUAUUGCCAGUUAUAAGCAUAAUCAUGUUACUCCUUGGUUUUACUUCUUGAUUAUUUUUUAUUUUACAUUUAUGAUAAUUAAAGAAUUACCGUAAGGUCAAAAUAGUUAAACAGAUUUUCAUGUCAGUUAAUACAAAUGUAUGUUUUUGUUGUACUGUGACAUUUCACAAAUAAACAUU